AUGGGAAAGAAGCGGGCGAAUUCAGAAGUGACCAAAGAGGGACAGCCGGCUGAAAAAAAAGAGGUUUUCACAGUAGUUUCUAGAAAAAUAAACGUUGAAAUGUUUUGCAGAGAGUGGAAAAAUGGCUGGAAAAAGGUUGCGCCAACGAUUCUGAAGCGGUCGCCAAAAAGAAGAAACGACCGUGGAGGAACAAGGUGCGAAAGCUGGCGGCGAAGAAAGUGGCGGCCGAAAAACGCGCAGAGGAUCCGGAAAGCUCUCUGAUUCUAGAACCACAAGGUUCUUCGGAAGAGGGCGCGAAAAAGAAGAAGAAGCGAGGACCGAAGAAGAAGAAAUUCAAGCCGGAGACGACGACGGAUUCAGAAGGCGGCGUGAAGGAAGAGAACCCGAUUGUGGAAGCGAAAAAGAGAUUGGACGCGGGCAGAUUCCGAUUUCUCAACGAGAAGCUGUACACGUGCACCGGCUCCGAAGCAUUCGACUUCUUCAAAGAGGAUCCAAAAGCGUUCGACUGCUACCACAAAGGGUUCGCGGAUCAAGUGAAGAAGUGGCCGAACCAUCCGUUGAAGGAGAUCGUCCGAUGGCUGCAGGCAAAGCCCGACAAGCAAUCCGUGUUCGAUUUGGGCUGCGGAGAGGCCAAGAUUGCCGAGGCAGUCUCCGAGAGACACAAUGUGAGGGGAAAUGUAGCUUUAUAAGUUUUCGGAAGUGUUUUUUAUGUGAAAUUCGGCUCAGUCUCCGUUAUGUAGUUUUGACUACAGUUGAGCUACAUUCUUCAUGAAAUCGAGGUCUGUUCAGAUCCGCUCAUUCGACCUGGUGGCAGUGAACGAUCGUGUGGAAUCGUGCGACAUGUCGAAGCUGCCGGCCGAAGACUCCUCGGCCGACAUUGUCAUUUUCUGCCUAUCCCUCAUGGGCACCAAUCUUUACGAUUUCAUCCGAGAGGCGAGACGAGUCCUCAAAACUGGGUACACCUACCUAAUCUGACGACUAACUAGAAAGCCAAUUUCAGAGGUGUGUUGAAAAUCGCCGAAGUGACGAGUCGUUUCGUGUCGAUCAAGCAGUUCUGCGAGGCCGUCAUCAAAAUGGGCUUCGAGAUGGCGAAUCGUCGCCAGCUCACCGACUAUUUCAUCAUGUUCGAGUUUCGAAAGUCCGAAAAAGUCGUCGAAAAACGACCGUACGGACUGAAACUUAAACCUUGCUUGUACAAAAAGCGUUGA